UGACUUUGUAUGUAAUCUACUUGCGCAAAUUGUUGAACUUGUGUCUGGUGUGAACCCACAGUACCAUGAUGCCUCGCGUUUGGUGUGUACAUAGCAUUAGAGAAUUCUUUCCUUCCUUGACCUAAGCAGCUGCACUCUCCAUCUCCUCAAGGGGUGUUUUUCCCCAGGCUGUCUUCCUGGUGUAUUGACUAGGCAUAAUGGUUUUUCUGCAAUGUUUAUAACAUUAAAAAUAAAACAUAUGUAAUGUAAUAUUACAUUAAAAUAUGUUUUAGACUAAACUGAACUUGUGCCUCAUGUCUCACUUUACCCCACAUCAUUUGUCUCACUUUACCCCACCACCACAUUUUGGAAAAAAACUCUCUCUCUUGGAAAUUCAGGCUAAUCUUCAGCUAGCAUCAACACAAGGUUUUAUAUGUUGGUAGUUCAUAAACAUGUGUGAUAUAAGUUUUUCUACCUGAAUCAAUUUGCUUUGGCACAACAGUUGAUUAAGUUGACAGCAAGAAAAUUUACUUUUACAAGCAAAAAAUAUAUUUUUGUGAAAAAAACAUGUCAACCACAGCAGCAUGAGGUCCUGUCCUUCAUGGCCAAGGGGAAAUUUGAGGGGCUUAAAAACAUAAUGGUCAUAGGACCACAAAUGUGUUCAGUUGCCUAGAUACAGGGGGUGUCUCACUUUACCCGAUGUCUCACUUUACCCCACUCUCCCCUACUUGGUAUAGACCUUUCUCACAACUUCCGUAUUUAUGACCGGAAAUACGCAAUCGUCGCGGAAAUGUACUUCCUCCGCAGUCAAGGCAAUGUAAAAAGCCGUAUCUGUUCCAUCAAUUCCCUGUUGAUGGUGUAGUUUGACAGAAGUGGAUUCAGGCUAUUCGGCAAGACUUAUAAUGUGUCGUUUUAGUUAACAGUUCAGUAACAGUUAGACUCGCUCUCUACUUACCUAGAAAUUUAUGGACAAAUUCUUCAUGGAAAAAGUUUUCCUCCAUUAGUCGUGUCACAUCAGCAAAUGUAAUAUUUGGCAAAUCCAUAAACGAAGUUGUGUAGACUUUUUGAUCCAUUUUAAACUUGCCCGGGUUUAUGUUUUUCUAGUGUGUUGACGCUUGACAGGAACUCCGCUUAAACGACGAUUACGUAUUUCCGGUUACUAUGAGAAAGGUCUAUUGAGAAACGACCAGUGUCUUCAAAAACAACAAAUAAACCGCAUCCCCCUUUAAGAUGACGCUACUUCCGGUUUUAUGCAGUUUGUCUUUACGGUGCUAUUCUGCUCUUGAGAAGUCAUGCGGAUAAUGCUCUGAUCAUAAAUACCCGUGUUAUCAAAAACAACAACGUUUGUACCACAUCCUGAUUUCGGUUGACAUGAGUCAUAUAUAGGAUUUUAAAUAAUUUAUCCUGAUUCCAGCAGAAUGAUGAAGAGUCAUCAUGGAUCUGAAGGUAACGCAAGCAUAUUGAUAUCCUGCAUCUAAAUCCUUUUGCCGUGAGGCAAACCCAAGCGAAAAAGGAGCAAAUAUGCAUUGCCGAAGUCAGCUUGAAAGGGACUGCAGCUGGUAGAAGAUAUCAGGAAAAGGGUGUAUGUAAUGCUUUUGCCAUGGAUGACUUUACUACACGCACCUAUGGCACCAGUGGUAUGGAUAACAGGCCUUUAUUUGGCGAGACAUCAGCCAGGGAUAGAAUCAUCAAUUUAGUAAUCGGUGGACUAACAUCUUUACUCGUUCUUGUGACCAUUAUUAGCUCAUUUGUCUUCCCUUCGCUGCCUCCCAAGCCAUUAAAUAUUUUCUUUGCCACCUGUAUCAUAUUAGUCUGCGGGUCAGUGUUGGUUUUGAUAUACUGGUAUAGACAGGGAGAUUUGGAACCCAAGUUUCGCAACCUAAUCUACUAUAUGCUGUGCUCCAUCGUUCUGUUGUGCAUCUGUGCCAACUUGUACUUUCAUGACGUGGGCUGUGACAAACAGAGCAAUGCCUUAUAAAACUGUUACCAUGGGAACCAUCCCAUUUACAGGAAUGUUCAUUCAUUAUGUGGGAUCCUCGCAUAUCCUCACAUGAGUUUUUGAAUCAGGAGAAUUCAUUUCCUACAAGCCCUUUUUUUGGGCUGGGCCAAUCUGCCGUUUGGGAGCCAUGUCAGUGGACUAAACAUAUUAUAGAUGCAAAUAUGUUAAUGAUCAGUAGCACUCUGGGAUGUCAUGCACACUUUUUGUACCCUAAAUGCUGUAUACAGCUUACAGAUAUAUAUGCCAAUGUGAUUACAAGAUCUAUUGAAAUAAGUCAUGGAAGUGUAACACAUAUUGUUUAUAUAUUUGUUUGUGGCCCACCUGUCGAACAUUCCUGAUUGAGAUAUUUCCUUAUUUUGUAUUUAAAUUAUUAGAAAAGCAAUCAGUGCACUUGAUUAAAGGCAUAAAGUCAUUGUAAAUGACUGUUCCUUUUUUUCUUUUUUUUUUGAUAUAGUAGAAGACCUUUAAAUUAAGGUAAUCUGCAAUUCAUAAUUUGUAUUUUAUGUAAUGAAUAAAUACAUAAUCACAAUG